UUCCGGUGAGGAGUGUGCUGACGGGUUCCGGUUUAGUGGAGUUAAUCUGUGUGGAAAGUGCGGAUUAAUUUGCUGUGUGUUUAAUAUUAUGAGCGCAAACAACAUGGCGGACCCGCGGAGACACAACAAGAUCUUCCGCUACAAGCCCCCCAGCAGUGAAUCGAAUCCGACUCUAGAGGAUCCAACUCCUGACUACAUGAACCUCCUUGGCAUGAUCUUCAGCAUGUGUGGCCUCAUGCUCAAGCUGAAGUGGUGUGCGUGGAUCGCAGUGUACUGCUCCUUCAUCAGUUUUGCAAACUCGCGCAGCUCCGAGGACACCAAACAAAUGAUGAGCAGCUUCAUGCUCUCUAUAUCAGCGGUGGUGAUGUCAUACCUGCAGAACCCUCAGCCUAUGUCACCGCCCUGGUAACCAUGGUUACGAGUCACGACCCCUGGGGGCAGUUCAGAGGCCCACUGCUGGGCGAACACAGAUCCUGUUUCUGAUCAUCCAACAAACUCCUUGAAUACAGAUCCUGCUUCUAAUCAUCCAACAAGCUGCUCCUUCUCUCUCGUGGUUGGUUGAGAGCUGAUCAGUGUGCGCGUCCGUAACACUUAAUAUAAAAUAAAGUUUUUGGAUUUUUCUUUUUUUUUUUUCUUAAAACUUGACCACUGGUGCUGUGUCCUUAUGAUGUAUACUGCUCUUAUGCACACAUACAUACAUACAUACAUACAUACAUACAUACAUGCAUACAUAUGGAGGGCUGUGGAGUAUGGUGAUGUGUAUUGUAGAAUGAGACACAAAUGUCUGAUGGCUGUUUGUGAUAUCGUGUGUAUUGCCGAUGUGAGGAAAGGUGCUUUUCAGCAGCUGGUUUGCGUCUAUGAGCUUGGAGCCCCUUACUGUGUACUGAAACAACAACAGACAUGGAAAAGUGAGACAUUGAAACUCCCCACAACAAUGAAGAGGCAUCAGUACAACCAACCAUGAGGAACCAGUCGCUAAACAGGGAGGCACUUCAGUUGUUUGGACGCAGUCUGGGUUCAUAAAUCAGACCCUGAUCAGAAACUCAUGUAAAACACGCCACGGAACAGUCAUGAGUACAUGCAGUUAUUUUAUAUUGAUUGUUUUCCAAAAUUGAUUUAAGAAAAAAUAGUCAUAUAAUUUACAUCAUUUCAGGAUAUUAUCCAUAAAAGAGUGAAACAGUAAAGUGUCUGACCUGAAUGACACACACACACCUGAGAAGGUCAUAUGAGCAGUGGGCAGACUCUCAUUCGUUUAGUUUUCUUACUUGAUCUCCAGCUCGGAAUAAAAACCGUCUCACACUUCA